AUGUGGCCACAUUCAUCAGGGGCCAGGCCUUGGGCCAGCGCUUUGAUAGGGAAGGACCCGGGAGUCAUGGCUUGGUGGUGUCUGGAUGGGCUUCCCCAAGGCCUUGGUGAGCCAUGGAGAGAACUCUGGAGACUGGGCUCACGGCCCCUGCAUCGCAUACCUCAAUUGUCACCUUCAUCCAGGAACUGCAGAGACUAUAGAAACUUAAGGAGGAGGGGGGGCAUAGAUGGCUGUAGACCGACUCUAGAGACUUCAAAUAAUGUGGAGAUGUUUCGACCUUCAGGUCAGUGGGACCUGCCAUGGGGACUGGUGAUGGUGUCUCCCUGGAGAACUGAGUACCUUUGUCCUUAUGAUUCUUUAGGUUCCACUGGGCUGAUUCCCCCAUCCCACUUCCAAGUUCUGCCCCUUCCAACUCUGCCGAGAAUGGCUCCCACAUGGGCCUCAGACACUCCCCUGGUCCAGCGCCCAACCCAUCAAGAUGUCUUAGAGAGGCGGCCAGACAACCAGAGACCUCAAGUGACCACGUGGGAACAGGAAGUUUCUGGCAAAGGGCAGGAACCAGAGUGGAGAGGCAGGUCCGUGGAGCUGGCAGGAUCGCAGGCCCUGAGCCAGCAGGCUGAGCUGAUCUCUCGGCAGCUGCGAGAGCUGCGGCGGCUGGAGGAAGAGGUCCGGGUGCUACAGGAGACCUCGCUGCAGCAGAAGCUGAGGCUGGAGGCUCAGGCUGUGGAGCUGGAGGCACUGGCACGGGCGGAGAAAGCUGGUCGCGCUGAGGCCGAGGGCCUGCGUGCCGCCCUGGCUGGGGCCGAGGUUGUCCGGAAGAACCUGGAAGAAGGGAGCCAGCGGGAGCUGGAGGAGGUUCAGAGGCUGCACCAAGAACAGCUCUCUUCCUUGACCCAGGCUCACCAGGAGGCCAUUUCCAGUUUGACCAGCAAAGCUGGGGGCCUGGAGAAAUCUCUGAAUAAUCUGGAAACCCGGAGGUCAGGGGAAACCAAGGAGCUGGCUGCAGCCCAGAGGGAGGCCGAGCUGCUGCGGAAGCAGCUGAGCAAGACCCAAGAGGACUUGGAGGCUCAGGUGACCUUGGUUGAGAACCUGAGGAGGUAUGUGGGGGAGCAGGUCCCUCCGGAGGUCCACAGCCACGCAUGGGAAUCAGAGCGACAGGAGCUUCUAGAAACCGUCCAGCACCUGCAGGAGGACCGGGACAGCUUGCACACCACCACCGAGCUGCUGCAGGUGCGCGUGCAGAGCCUCUCACACAUCCUCUGCAUGCAGGAGGAGGAGCUGGCCCGGAAGGUUCAGCCUUCAGACUGCCUGGAGCCCGAGUUCACCAAGAAGUGCCAGUCCCUGCUGAAGCGCUGGCGGGAGAAGGUGUUUGCCCUCAUGGUGCAGCUGAAGGCCCAGGAGCUGGAGCACAGAGAAUGCGUGGAGCGACUGAAGGGACAGGUGGCAGAGCUCCAGGAAAGGGUGGAAACCCAGUGCCAGGAGCAGGCCAUCCUGCAGCACUCCCUGCAGGACAAAGCUGCCGAGGUGGAGGUGGAGCGGGUGGGCGCCAAGGCCCUGCAGAUGGAGCUGAGCCGCACUCAGGAGGCCCGGUGCCGGAGGAGGCAACAGAUGGCCCCAGCAGAGGAGCAGCUGAGGCUUGUGGCCAAUGCUGUGAGCAGCUUUCAGACCUGGCUCCAGGGCACCGUGGCCGAGGUGGAGCGCGCCGCAGCCCGGCUGCCCAGCCUCAGCAGCCGAGUCAGCUACGCUGUCCGCAAGGUCCACACCAUUCGGGGCCUGAUGGCUCGAAAAGUGGCCCUUGCUCAGCUGCGCCAGGAGAGCUGCCCACCACCCCCACCAACCACGGACAUGAGCCUCGAGUUGGAGCAGCUGCGGGAGGAGCGGAACCGUUUGGAUGCAGAACUGCAGCUGAGCGCCCACAUCAUCCAGCAGGAGGUGGGCCGGGCCCGGGAGCAAGGGGAGGCGGAGCGGCAGAAGCUGAGCGAGGUGGCCCAGCAGCUGGAGCAGGAGCUGCAGCGCACACAGGAGUCCCUGGCUAGUCUGGGGCUGCAGCUGGAGGCAGCUCGCCAGGGCCAGCAGGAGAGCACGGCAGAGGCUGCCAGCCUCCGGAAGGAGCUGACCCAGCAGCAGGAGAUCUACGGGCAAGCGCUGCAGGAGAAGGUGGCCGAAGUGGAAGGUCGGCUGCGGGAACAGCUCUCUGAAUCAGAAAGGAGACUGAAUGAGGCUCGCAGGGAACACACCAAGGCUGUGAUCUCCCUACGCCAGAUCCAGCGCAAAGCCACCCGGGAAAAGGAGCGGAACCAGGAGCUCCGGCGCCUGCAGGAUGAGGCCCAGAAGGAGGAGGGGCAGCGGCUGACCCAGCGCCUGAAGGAGCUGGAGAGGGACAAGAACCUCAUGCUGGCCACCUUGCAGCAGGAGGGUCUCCUCUCCCGUUACAAGCAGCAGCGACUCUUGGCAGUUCUUCCUUCUCCGUUGGAUAAGGGCGUACCUGUGGAGCCCAGCCUGAAGCCCUCAGAGUCGUCAGCACCCACACCCCCGGCAGCGGCUCUCUCCACCAAGGAGUCCAUCAAAGGAUCCCUUUCUGUCUUGCUUGACGACCUGCAGGGCCUGAGUGAGGCCAUUUCCAAAGAGGAAGCCAUUUGUGAAGGGGACAGCCAGACCUCUUCUUCAGUCUGCCUCUGA